CUUCAGGAAAGUGUCAGAUGAUUGCUGCAUGUCUCGCCAUUUAUAACAUGUGGGAACCCAACCGCACCUUGACCAGCCUUCCUUUUUCCCUCGCUCACCAUGUCGCAAUCCUCGCAGCUACCAGGCAGCAACCUCAAUCCCCACACCGGGCGGAAAGCGAUCAUCGCCAUGGGCGCUCUAAUUUUGGGAUACACAUCGUUCUACCUGUACCUUGAUAGGAAAGACCGUAAACGGGUCGAGCAAGGUCGACUCGCCCUACGAGGAAACUAUAGCUCGCUCCAAGGAGAACCACGGCGGGUACCCUUUGCGCGCCACCCACCCACCUACCUCCCUCUCUGCACGCGAACAUAACGCACACCAUGUCAUCACUGACCAGCCCACGCCACAAAGACCCAAAAGCGACAGU